AUGAAUGACAUUUAUCUAUUCAGUUCAAAUAGUUCGAUACCUCAUAAAAAACUGAACCUCAAAACCGUUCCUCUGAUAGUUCAACUACUUCACAAACAUCCUACCAUCUUAUGUGUAAACCUCAGCUGUCUAAUUCAACCGUCAAAUGUAUUAACGACAAAACAUAUUGAGAUAAGUGAACGACUACACAGCAAUAUUUGUAAUACUUCUUUUUCGUCAUCUAAAACGGAAUCAAAUUCAAUUGCCUUUGAUAACGUCAAAGAUAUGCAAACUCUUGAUCUUCCUAAUCCCACAGUUGAAAUAUGGUUAAUCAAAGGUUUUCAUUCUCACAUACCAUUUGAUAUCGAUAACAAUCUCAUGAUGAAAAAUCUUGAAGAUUAUCAUGCUUCGGCUGCCAGCAACUCUAAAAUUCAAGCUGCGGUCGGAUUGACACCUAUUGUUACAAAUGUCAUGUGGGAAAAUCGGUCAACUGCUAAUGAUGACAUAGAUAGCACAGAUAGAAUCACUUCUGAUGAAAGAUCAAUGUGA